CCGUGCUGCCAACAGGGGGAACAACUAGUCUUCACGGAGAGCCAAGUACCACCGCCACAAUGUAGUCCGUCACGUUUGUUUGACUGAUAUUUGGAGGAUUUCUGCCAUCUGCAUGUCAACGUGGAGCUUCUAUGGGCUUGUGGGACUACUUAACGCGCGUAACGGGAGUAUUUCACAUUCUGACUAAUCACCCACAUCGACUUAAAACAAUGGCGAGGCGUAAAAGGCGCAACGUACUGAUUUAAACCCAGGCUGGACUACACCAGAACCAUCUCCCGGGCUUCUGCGAUACAACAGGGGGGGAAAGGAAAAGGUUUCCGGAGCGACAUGGAAAGCCCGAGUGAGAACCCUACAAGGGCUGUGGAAUAUUUGAAGGAGCUUAACAAGAUCAUCGAGACCCAGCAGGAGUUGCUGGAGAGGCAGAGGGGAAGGAUAGAGGAGCUGGAGCAGCAAGUGUCCGACUUGUGCACAGAGAACGCCUGUUUGAAGGAGGAGUACCAGCGGCACCUGGCAACCUGCAGGCUGCUGCAGGGCAGCAACAGCCCAGUCUCUCUGGGAGCCAUAAAUGAGCACAUCACUCAUGAAAAGUCCGAGUUUGACUCCUCCAGGAUGGUCAGGAGGCAUGCCUCUCUACCUGUGGAAGUCCCAGAGAAUCCCACAAGGCUGGUGUCUGCAGGCCACAGACGAGUCGUACCCUGUCGUAAAUGGAAGUCUGCAUCCUUUGGUGUGGAAGGAGAUGGAAGGCCCAACGACAGCGGCCCUUCCUUGGAUGGUGGAGCCGGCUAUGGCCAGGGUCCGGUGACUCACGGCUCGGCCAUCAGCCCUGACAGAUUUGACAGCCCACUCUACAGCCACGGGGUCCAACCCGGGCCUCAGAGACCCCGUCGGCCAAAGCUCCAGCACUCGCAGUCCAUCCUCCGGAAGCAGGCCGAAGAGGAGGCCAUCAAGCGGUCUCGCUCGCUCUCUGAGAGCUAUGAACUCUCAGCAGACCUCCAGGACAAACAGGUGGAGAUGCUGGAGCGUAAAUAUGGUGGACGGUUCAUAACCCGGCAUGCUGCUAGGACCAUCCAGACGGCCUUCCGCCAGUAUCAGAUGAACAAGAAUUUUGAACGCCUCAGGAGCUCUAUGUCUGAGAACCGUAUGUCUAGACGCAUUGUUCUCUCCAACAUGAGGAUGCAGCUCUCAUUUGAGGGCCCUGAAAAAGUGCAUAGCUCUUACUUUGAAGGGAGGCAGGUUUCCAUGACAGAGGAUGGCACCCCGCUGUCCAUGGUGCAGUCUGAAUGUGGAGAUAUAGAGGUCCACCAACAAGCCAACAUGGCGUCUCAUCAAGCCCAACAGGGAGAUCUGACAGAUACCAUCACGGAGCUGGAGGACGCCUUCUCCAGGCAGGUCAAAUCUCUUGCCGAGUCGAUAGAUGAUGCACUGAACUGUCGCAGCCUGCAGGGGGAUGAGGGUCCUGACCCCGAGGCUAUGAGUUGCUCUCAGGUGGAGAGGGAGGUGCCCUAUCAGGUGAGGGCCCACCGCAGGGCAGCUGGGCGCAUGCACGAUGAGACGAUGGCAUCCUACAGCGAUGUUACUCUGUUCAUUGAUGAAGAGGACAUGACCCCCGCAAUGGCCCUGUCGAGAUCAGGGGACCAGCCUUCCAGCACAGAAUCGGACUUGAGAUUGCGGUCAGUCAACUCCUCCCAGGAGUACUGGCCUAUUGACCCCAAAGAUGAGGGUCGUGAUACAGACACAAGCUGCCGCAGCACUCCCUCUCUGGAGUGCCAAGAGCAGCGUCUCAGAAUGGACCAUCUUCCUUUGUUGACCAUUGAGCCUCCCAGUGAUAGCUCUGCAGAGCUUAGCGACCGGUCCGAGCGCAACUCUGUCAAACGGCCACCUGUGUAUGAACCGCACGGCCACAUCGUAACAUCAUCCCAGGCGAGCCCUAAACACAUAUCUCACGGACCCCCACCUCGAGCUCCCUCCCGUGACGAUGAUGCACCUCUGCGCCAUCGUCACCGCCAGCUGGAGAGCCACUUAGCCAUUAAUGGCUCGGCCAACAGACAGAGUAAGUCAGAGUCUGACUUCUCUGACGGGGACAAUGACAGCAUCAACAGCACAUCCAACUCCAACGACACCAUCAACUGUAGCUCAGAGUCGUCCUCCAGAGACAGCCUACGAGAGCAGACGCUCAGCAAGCAGACGUACCACAAAGAGACUCGCAACAGCUGGGACUCGCCCAUCUUCAGCAACGAUGUCAUUCGCAAGAGGCACUACCGCAUCGGCCUGAAUCUCUUCAACAAGAAGCCAGAAAAAGGCAUCCAGUACCUGACUGAGAGAGGAUUCAUCCCUGACACACCGGUUGGUGUGGCACAUUUCUUGCUGCAGAGGAAAGGGCUGAGCAGGCAGAUGAUUGGGGAAUUUCUGGGAAAUCGACAGAAGCAGUUCAACAGAGAUGUCCUGGACUGUGUGGUUGAUGAAAUGGACUUCCAGGGCAUGGAGCUGGACGAGGCGCUCAGGAAAUUUCAGAACCACAUCCGUGUUCAAGGCGAGGCCCAGAAAGUUGAGCGUCUCAUUGAAGCCUUCAGCCAGCGCUACUGCAUUUGCAACCCCACAGUUGUGCGACAGUUCAGGAACCCUGACACUAUUUUCAUCCUGGCAUUUGCCAUCAUCCUCCUCAACACUGACAUGUACAGCCCCAACGUCAAGCCAGAGAGGAAGAUGAAGCUGGAAGAUUUCAUCAAGAAUUUAAGAGGUGUGGAUGAUGGGGAGGAUAUCCCCAGGGAGACUUUGGUGGGCAUUUAUGAAAGGAUCCGUAAGCGAGAGCUCAAAACCAAUGAAGACCACGUCUCACAGGUGCAGAAGGUCGAGAAGCUCAUAGUGGGGAAGAAACCAAUCGGAUCUCUCCAUCACGGCCUGGGAUGUGUUCUGUCGCUGCCUCAUCGCCGGCUGGUGUGUUACUGCCGUCUGUUUGAAGUGCCAGAUCCCAACAAGCUGCAAAAGCUGGGUCUGCAUCAGCGGGAGAUCUUCCUGUUCAACGACCUCCUAGUGGUUACCAAGAUCUUCCAGAAGAAGAAGAACUCUGUGACGUACAGCUUCAGACAGUCGUUUUCUCUUUAUGGGAUGCAAGUCAUGCUGUUUGAAAACCAGUAUUAUCCAAAUGGAAUCCGACUAACAUCAGCCAUACCAGGUGCCGACAUCAAAGUCCUCAUCAACUUUAACGCGCCCAACCCCCAGGACCGCAAGAAGUUCACAGAUGACCUGCGAGAGUCCAUUGCUGAGGUCCAAGAAAUGGAGAAAUACAGAAUAGAGUCUGAACUGGAAAAGCAGAAGGGCGUGGUGAGGCCCAGCAUGUCACAGAGCUCCGGUCUGAAGAAGGAGGCUGGCAACGGAAGCAUGAACCGCGCAAGCCUAGAUGACACCUACGCCAUGGGAGAGGGCCUGAAGAGGAGCGCGCUCAGUAGCUCACUGAGGGACCUCUCGGAAGCAGGCAAGCGGGGGCGUCGCAGCAGUGCAGGAUCACUAGACAGCAAUAUGGAAGGGUCCAUCAUUAGCAGCCCGCACACGCGCCGGAGAGCCACUACGCCACGUGAAGGCGCGCCCCGCGGCCAAUCCUCCAUCCCUAACUCAGCAUCGACUUCCAUCCUCGGGUCGCUCUUUGGCAGCAAGCGAGGCAAACCCUCAUCCCAGAACCACCCUCCUUUACCUCCGCCCGGUCACCCCACUCUGAUAUCCCACAAACCUCACCCAACCAACCUGCACCACACAGCACAGGUGGUGCACUCAGUACAACACCACGGCCAUCAUUCCCAGUACUGCCAAGUCCCGCAGAACCCGCCACCGUACCACCACCACCACCACUACCACCCGCCUCCCCACACGCACCACCACCAGCACCCGGCGUACACCUCACACUCGCACCAACACGGCCACUCGCAGCACAGCCACUACAGCCAGCAUUCCCACCACUCCUCACACUCCCAGCAUGCACCCCAUCACCACAGUCAGCAGGCGGGUUCAGCGCCCGGCGGACCCAAACCCAAACACAGUGGCAUCAGCACCGUAGUGUGAUGCUGAAAGGAGGCAGGACUUGAAGAAGGUGGGACUUUUGCUUACACCAAAGGGACUGACAGCAUAGCUCUAUGGCCUGUCCACUGUGUUUUCCUGCUGCUGUGAUGGAGACAAGUCACACGCAGACAGCUUUUUCACUUCCAGGUCCAACUUAUAUGCAGGAUGGAAAUCGGACUCAAAUCUUCCACCAGGGGCCUUUACACGUUUGCCUGACCCCAGGCCGGGCUCCGUCAGGGUUUUCUGGGAGUGCAGGAAGAAGCUCUCCGUUUUCCACACAUCUGUGGAGAUAAUCUCUCCCUGACGCUGCUCCCCCCACUCUUUCACCCCCUUCAAUAACCCGUCUUACCUUCACACAAUCAGGAGGAAAGGCAAUGAGGACAGUACACGGCUGACUGUUUUUUUCCGUCAUGAUGAUGGCGUAAUUUCUCGUGCACAGAAGUCAACUUUUUUGGUUUGCAGAUCCUUCCACCCUAUGAAUGCAGCUUGUCGUCGCCUCCUGUAGAGCUCAUGUGUAGUGAAGAAUAGAUAUAAUUAUUUCACACUAAAUCCAAGGACAGGUAAAACAGCUGAGUCGACCGUCUCAGUCAUUGUAGUUCUAGUGCUGUAUUAACUGUAGAUGACAGCUAUAUGUGUUGUCUCCUAGCUCUCAUAAAUAAAUGUGCCAAUUAUUAAUGCAUACUCUAUUUAGUCAAGACUUCAUGUACAGUAUAUUGUGCGUAAAGUAAUUUGUAAGAUUAUACUUACAAUUAUUAUUAUCAGCAAAGAGGAAUUCUAUCAGUAUUAAACCGACUUUGGUAACAGGAUGAUCUGAAAGGAGUGAACUCAUUCAGUACGGCCUUGAAUCUUUUUGGGAACUUUUGCCUUUCAAACAGAUGGCAGCUGUUGCAUAUGAGCUUUAAAGUCCCUGUAAAGUGAGGAAAAAAAUUGUUAUUUUAAGUUUGUUGUAUGACAGGUCACUGUGUUAUGAGCCACCAGGCCAAAUUUCACUCAUGAAAAACAUCUCCAAGUUAACAAAAGUAAGCCUCAAAAUCAUGAAAAAUUAGGCAGUAAAAUCUGCUUGAGGAUGGUGUGGGCGUGUCUGUUGAAUGAAGCCACACCCACCCCCGAAAAAUACAAACCCUUUAAAAAAAAUGCUUCUCAUAAGAACACAGCUGCCUGGCUCUGUGCCAGAGCAGAGAAAAUGAAGUUGAUGAUUAAAUUUACUAUUUUGUGGAACAAAUCUCUCUGUUUCUAAACUUUUAAUGACCUGUAGGCCACAGUGGCUGCUAGAACUUACCUCAAAAUGAACACACCGGAGUAGCUGGCUGUUAACUUUCAAUAAAGGUGGGGACAUUGGCUAGCAGACUGUACUCAGAUGAACUGCUCAUUGAUUUUAUAUCAUUGUAGUGUUGGAUUUCUCUCUACAUGGACUUUAAAAGAAAUGCUGUCAAGGGCCCCAAAGCAGACUUUUCCUAUUAACUCCGGUGAGGUUUUAAUCUCCUCAUACUGUGGCUGCUAAAACUGUUAAAAAGUCAAAAAUGUGUACGCUGGACCAGCAGAAGUCUUCAAAUAUGCGACAGCUGCCGUCUUGACCCUUCAAAAUAAAAGCAGAAACACCUUUCAAAUCUUCUUUUGCCUUGUUUUUUAAUUCACCAACAGGUUUAGUGGGUAACUUGUAUUUUUUCCAUCUUUUUUCUAUCAUUUGUGCAAUAUCUUUGUACUGAUACAUAACAACAUGUCCCCCCCUCCUGAUUUGUUUGUUUUUUUUUUCAUGUUGCGUCAUUAUUUAUUUAUCUCUGUUUUUGACCCCCUGUCAGAGUCGAUAAACUUCGGCUGUCCUCGUGCUCUUCUGCAGACUCAGAGUUCAGUGGAAUGUCUAGUGAGUGAUUUCUGCAUGUAAUGUUAUUAAUGUCUCUGCACAUUGUAUAACAAAUCAGUGUUACCAUAGCAAGUUUAAGUGCAAUCAUGUUCAGAAAGACUUGUACUAGGAGUAGAAGUCUGUUGUCUUGUCCAGGAUGAGAUUCAGGUGAAAAAAAAAGAACUUUUUUCAUUUAAGAAUAUAUAAAUACUUACACAGUUCACAGUGAAAGAGGAAUGUGUGUAUAUAUUUUAAUAAAAGGCUUCUCUUUGGGCUGAUAAGAAAUAUUUUGCUGGAUAAGCACAUAUGGAAGAGAAAACUUUCAUUAUUUCAGGAAAUGCAAUUCUGAUAUACAAAAAUGCAACUGAACAAAAGGACUGGGUAUAUGUAAAGAAAACUUUCUACAUUCUACAAAAUAAGAGUCUAUUCUAGUGUGUAAAUUAGUGACAGUGAACUGUUUGUCCCAAUAUUCAGGGUGUAAAUGUAUUUUAACAUUCACAAAUAAAAGCAUUGCCAUAAGUCAGGCUUAUCCACACCUCAUGUGAAUUAAUGAAGGCGAGCUGAGAUGAGACAUAUCACAAACAUGAAUUAUCAGUUGAAUGUGUCUUUCCAUUGAUUUCAUAUUUUUCAUUCUGAAAUCUUUGGCUGAUGUAAAACAGGAAGAAUUGUGUGUGUGUGUGUGUGUUUUUUUUUUUUCGUGUGUAUUGUAGUGUUUCAAAUGUCUACCACAUUGUUUGUGAGAAAGUACCCCAACGAUGCACUGCAUGGAUCAUCACGUGUCCUCUUCACUGUGAGCUGACGGCUGGGGAAAAGACAAAAAAAAAUCUCUGUUUUGACUUCUUUUGGUUUUUAAUUGGGUUUUUGAAUUACCUGAUGUUGUUCUCGUUGUUCCAUGUUUGGCUGGUAGAUAUCAAAGCUCAGCAUGCAUUUCAUCGACAAAGCCAUUGUGUAAAAUACAAACAUAAAGAACAUUGCACUUCUGUUUCUGAGGGCUGUCACGGUGUAAAUAUGAGAUUUAAUGUGCAAAUGUUUGGACGGAGGUGGGUUUAUCCUUCUGAAGCUGUAAAGGGACCAAGACGGGGGGUUAAAAGGAACUGUACAUAAUGUGUAUAUGAUCUAUUCUGAUUCCUGCAGUUCAGAUCAGGAUGUAUAUACAUCACCUCAUAGAUGGAUCCGAGGGGUGACACAUGAAACAUAUCGAUUGUCUCUGCCUCCAGCUGUCGGGAACUGACAUUCGCUGUAGAAAUCUAAAACAGACUGUUAGGAAGUUUGCUGCCAUUUUUACAUCCAGCUCUCUUUUCAUACAUGCAGCCCACACCCUACACGCACACAUACUGUACACAAACCUACACACAUCUUGCUGCAAGCUGUUCAGUCUGGCGUGAGACACAUUAAAAAAAACAACAUGAAAAGACAAGAAUGGCCUCAUUUCUAUGUGCAUUCUGUUUGUACAGUGAGUAGUGAGUCAGUAAGACCCCAGUUAUUGUAAAACUUCAACUGUGACAAUGUUGAGAACGCAAAAUAAACAAAUAUAUGACUUAUGGUA